UCUGCACUGAGAUGGGAAAAGGCAAGACCCCACGUGAUCAAAGCUGUUUGUUUGCACUCUUUUAUCCAUUUGUCUUAACGUAAUCAUUCAAAGAACCAGACAAGCAACCACUGUCUACACACUCUCUCUCUCUCUCAUGCAUGAUUUCGUGCACAGCACUCUCGAGUCUCGUCGCAGUUCACACUUGUAUUAAAACAUAAAGAGUUGCAAACGUCUCUCCCUUUUCCAUCCCUGGUCUCUCUAUCUCAGGGAUUGAAGAAAGUAGCUAAAGCUAGAAGAUGAAGACGUUUCAGUCUCUCAUGCUUGUUCUUCUCCUGGGCCUCUGUCACAUGUCCACGGCAGCGGUCGAGAAGAAGUCCGACCAAGAGAGAUCGACUUACAUUGUCCACAUGGCCAAAUCCGAAAUGCCGGCGGGUUUCGAGCACCACUCGCACUGGUACGACUCGUCUCUCAAAUCGAUAUCCGACUCGGCAGAAAUGUUAUACACCUACGACAAUGCGAUCCACGGCUUCUCCACGAGAUUGACGGCCGAGGAAGCCCGGUUGCUGGAAAACGAAUCCGGAGUUCUCUCCGUGUCGCCUGAACUGAAAUACGAGCUACACACGACUCGUACCCCUCUGUUCCUAGGGCUCGACAAAAGCUCCGAUUUGUUCCCCCAGGCCAACUCAGCGAGUGAGAUCGUUGUCGGAGUCUUAGACACUGGUGUUUGGCCCGAGAGCAAGAGCUUCGACGACACAGGGCUCGGACCCGUACCCAGUAACUGGAAAGGCGCGUGCGAGACAGGUACCAAUUUCACUUCCUCCAACUGCAAUCGCAAACUUAUCGGUGCGAGGUACUUCGCCAGAGGCUACGAGGCCGCGCUGGGUCCGAUCGAUACUAGCAAAGAGUCGAGAUCUCCCAGAGACGACGACGGCCAUGGCACUCACACUUCAACCACCGCAGCUGGCUCGGCUGUCGAAGACGCCAGCCUAUUUGGCUACGCCACAGGAACAGCGCGUGGGAUGGCCCCGAGCGCGAGAGUCGCUGUCUACAAAGUCUGCUGGAUGGGAGGCUGCUUUAGCUCCGAUAUUAUAGCGGCCAUGGACAAGGCCAUCGACGACAACGUCAACGUCCUCUCCAUGUCCCUAGGCGGUGGAAUGUCCGACUAUUACAAAGACAACGUCGCUAUCGGAGCUUUUGCAGCGAUGGAAAAGGGAAUCCUAAUCUCUUGCUCGGCCGGAAACGCGGGCCCCAACUCGUAUAGUUUAACCAACCUCGCACCGUGGAUCACAACCGUGGGUGCGGGCACACUCGAUCGCGAUUUCCCGGCGUACAUUAGCCUUGGCAACGGCAAAAACUACUCUGGCGUUUCGCUCUACCGUGGAAACCCUUUGCCCGGUACGUUAACGCCGUUUAUUUACGCCGCUAACGCAAGCAAUUCCACCAAUGGGAACUUGUGCAUGAUGGGUACCUUGACGCCUGAGAAAGUCGCAGGCAAGAUCGUGUUGUGCGACCGAGGCCAGAACGCCAGGGUUCAGAAAGGAGCUGUGGUGAAGGCUGCCGGUGGUAUUGGCAUGGUUUUGGCUAACACCGACGCAAACGGCGAAGAGCUGGUGGCCGAUGCUCAUCUUUUGCCUGCAACGGCGGUGGGUGAGAAAAACGGUGACGCAAUAAAGAGCUACUUGCAUUCGGAUCCGAAUCCGACGGCCACGAUUCUGUUCGAAGGGACCAAGGUCGGGAUCCAGCCUUCUCCCGUUGUAGCGGCGUUUAGCUCGAGGGGGCCGAACUCCGUCACCCCGGAGAUACUGAAGCCAGACAUCAUCGCGCCAGGUGUCAACAUCCUAGCGGGAUGGUCGGGGAUUGUUGGCCCCACCGGAUUAAGCACGGACUCCCGGCGCGUGGCGUUCAACAUUAUUUCAGGAACAUCGAUGUCUUGCCCACACGUCAGUGGGCUCGCCGCGCUUAUCAAGGCGGCUCACCCGGACUGGAGCCCUGCGGCCAUUCGGUCGGCCCUCAUGACCACAGCGUACACGGCGUACAAGAAUGGCGAGAAAUUACAAGACGCUUCCAAUGGAAAACCAGCCACGCCGUUCGAUUACGGCGCUGGACACGUGGACCCGGUAGCGGCGCUAAAUCCGGGGCUUGUCUACGAUCUGACGGCGGAUGACUACCUAAACUUCCUCUGCGCGUCGAAUUACUCCGAUAUGCAAAUUAGAAGCGUGGCCAGGAGAAAUUUCACGUGCGACACUAGUAAGAAAUACAGUGUGACCGAUCUUAAUUAUCCUUCAUUUUCUGUGGUUUUUAAUGCUGAUCGGCCUAGCGUAGUUAAGUACACACGGACUCUUACAAAUGUGGGCGCACCGGGGACAUAUAAAGUGUCUGUAUCAUCAGUGACCCCCUUGGUUAAGAUUAGCGUUGUGCCAGAAUCGUUGAGUUUCGCUGAGAUCAACGACAAGAAAUCCUACGCCGUCACAUUCUCUGCCACUGGUUCGUUGCCGGAUACGGGUAGCUUUGGUCGUCUGGAGUGGUCGGACGGGAAGCACAUUGUGGCGAGUCCUAUAGCUAUAAGCUCAAGUGGAUAGGAGUAGACAGAAUAAGGUUGAAUUAGUGACGCACUCAAAGAAGGGUGUGAUUGAUUGCUUAUGUGUUUUAAGUUUCAGGAAGCUUUAAUGUUAUUGUUUAAGAUUGGAAGUUGAAUUGAAGUGUUUGAUGUUGUUCUCUUAGAAUAUAAGAAAGAAACCUUCUGGAAUGGGGGAUGAUUUCUUUGUGUCGUUUGUUGUACAGUACGUUCUCGAUAAUAUGUGUGUUUGCCUAGUGAAUUAAUUUUCGAAGCUUAAUAUAUAUCGAAAAUAUUCUGGCUUUCUUAA